AGGACGGAUGUAGCAGAUGUCAGAGCGCGUCGAUAAGUUCCCAGCGUGUUGUUGCAGCGUCAUUGUGUUUGAAUGAAGUUCAGACUGAGAACUAGCAGCCAACUCUCCAUUCGCGCCCCGGUGGACUGAAACAGGAAAAAAUAAAAGAGAGUUGAGGAAGUAAAAGAUCGCAAAAAACAUGCCGGUGUUUACAGUGAACGUGAAAUGGGGCAAAGAGAAGUUUGAUGCAGUGGAGCUCAACACCGAGGAGCCUCCCAUGGUGUUCAAGGCUCAGCUCUUUGCCUUGACGGGAGUCCAGCCAGACAGACAGAAGGUCAUGGUGAAGGGAGGCACCCUGAAGGACGACGAGUGGGGAAACAUUAAACUGAAAAAUGGAAUGACUUUACUGAUGAUGGGCUCAGCAGAGGCGCUGCCCGAGGAGCCUGCUGUCCGGCCCAUGUUUGUGGAGGACAUGACUGAGGAGCAGCUGGCCUCAGCGAUGGAGCUUCCUUGUGGGUUGACAAACCUGGGUAACACCUGCUACAUGAACGCCACAGUGCAGUGUCUACGUUCUGUGCCAGAGCUGAAAACUGCACUCAGGAGGUAUUCAGGUGCCCUGCGAUCUUCAGGGGCAAAUGCACCAUCACAGUACAUCACAGCAGCCCUUCGGGACUUAUACGAGACCAUGGACAAGACCUCGUCCAGCCUCCCACCCAUUAUUUUGCUGCAGUUCCUUCACAUGGCUUUUCCACAGUUUGCUGAGAAGGGCGACCAGGGACAGUACCUCCAGCAGGAUGCCAACGAGUGCUGGCUGCAGAUGAUGAGAGUGCUUCAGCAGAAAUUGGAGCCACUAGAGCCAGAGACUGCCAUGGAGACCGAGUCCGAGGGUGGAGCUGCGUCCGCCUCCGCGAAGAAGAACUUCAUCGACCAGUAUUUCGGCGUAGAGUUUGAAACUUCCAUGAAAUGCACAGAGUCUGAGGAGGAGGAGCCAAUCAAGGGCAAGGAGAGCCAGCUCCAACUCAGCUGCUUCAUCAACCAGGAAGUCAAAUACCUUGCAACAGGACUGAGACUGAGACUGCAAGAAGAAAUCACAAAAAUGUCUCCAACCUUGGACAGAAAUGCUCUGUAUAUAAAAUCUUCAAAACUUAGCCGCCUCCCUGCCUACCUGACUGUUCAGAUGGUCAGGUUUUUCUACAAAGAGAAGGAGUCUGUGAAUGCAAAAGUUCUUAAGGACGUCAAGUUCCCGCUGAUGUUGGAUGUUUACGAGCUGUGCACCUCAGAGCUCCAGGAGAAAAUGUUGCCCGUCAGGUCAAAGUUUAAGGACAUCGAGGACAAGAAGCUAGAGAAACAGCAGCAAAAGGUGGUGAAGAAACCAGACGCAGCAAAAGAAGUGAAAUACGAGCCUUUCUCAUUCCCAGACGACUGUGGUUCCAACAACAGCGGCUACUACGACCUGCAGGCUGUGCUGACACACCAAGGCCGCUCCAGCUCAUCAGGUCACUACGUGGGAUGGGUCAAAAGGAAAGAAGAUGAGUGGGUCAAGUUUGACGACGACAAGGUGAGCCUGGUGUCCCCAGAGGACAUCCUGCGACUGUCCGGGGGCGGAGACUGGCAUAUAGCGUAUGUUCUACUGUACGGCCCCCGGCGGCUGGAAAUACUUGAAGAGCAACAGUAGCUGUGGAAGAUUUCUUAGACGACAUCCAACACACGCACACGUACAAAAAUGCCAUUUCCAAGCACUGUCUGCAUAGAUGUGCAAUAAAACUGGUGUCUUUAAGGAUUUGAUUACCUUAAUUAUUAUUUUUUUUUUUCGUUUGUUUUUUGUAACCAACAACAUGCUUGUAAAACGAAUUCCGUCAAAAAUGGUGUUAAGUAUUCGACUAUAAUGGGCUUUGAAAAAACGGAGAGAUGAUGAGAGGCGACCUCUGGACUGGAUCCUUAACAGGCUUUGAAGUCUAGCGCUGCAGUUUCAUUAAAUGUUUUAUACACAUUGUAUAUUUUUUAAAGCCUUUGAUAAGGUGCUCAUAUCAUACAAAGCUUAAUAUUUCUCUUUAGUCAUUUAAUCAACUUGUACAAAAAGGAGAGAAAAAAGAAAAAGCAUAGCUGAGCUGUUUGUCCUUGACAUUCUGGCUUGUACCUCCUCAGAUGUUUUUAUGGAACACUGUAAAGCCUUUGUUCACCUGUUAAAGCCCGCUGGGAAAUUUGGGUUCAAUCUCAGGCCUUUUAAGUGCUUGGCUCCCAUCAUCUCCUGGAAUUGUUCUCCGAUGUAUUGACAGUGGGGUUUUCUUCUGCCAAAUCUUCACUAAUGCUCUUUUUGGAGGGGGAGUGUGUGUGUGUGUGUGUGUGUGUGUGUAUGCGUGGAGGUGGAGGUGGAGGGGGGGAUGUUUGAGAACAGGUCGCCCUUGUGGUGAACUGCGUGCGGUUAAAUAAAGACUCGAGAUUCAGCCGUGAUGGUUUUUUGCUCCGUGAGCUUUGAACAUUGUUCUCGCUGACGCCCGUAUUGACGGCUGUACCUUUUCAAAAAAAAAAAAAAAAAAAAUGCUACGCUUCACUUCGUUUCUCCGUGCAGGUUUCCAGAUCGCCCUGCCACAACGUGUAAAACAUCCACACUCUGUAAUAAGUUAUUGACUGACUGCUUUUCAUAGGUGGUGAAAAAUAAACUGUUCUACCACGA